AUUUAUUCGUAGCUGAACAAAAGAAAUCUCGAUAUUGUAUUCAACCUCGUAAAGCAGAGGAGGCGCGUGGCGGGCCCAAAGCAUCGCUUCUAGGGAGAACGAUGCCUCCGGUAGCUCCGAGGGGCUCUUCAUACCCGCAUCGGAGCGAAGCAAUCGUGCCCGAUGCGUACCGUGCGUUCGUAGUUUGUGGUGGUGGUGCGGGCCUUCGUUAUACCGACGGCGACGACGGGGUUUGUGCUUGCGUUUGUGUCUGCCCGGAUCGUUCCUCCGGUGGACGGUUCUUCCGCGAACGGAUCGAUCCGGUGGGGGAGGACGUCCCUCCGACGCGGCGGCUCGGCCAGAGUUCUUCCCCGGUGGUUGGGGCUGCUGCGGCGGCGGCCCGGGUCCGGCUCCGAGUGGCACCCGCAACCGCCGAGGCGAGAAUCGAUGCAGCGGUCCUCGUGGCGGUUCGCGUCCGGGGGAUCGUCGUCCUGCAUUGCAUUCCCUCCCAAAACCCUGCCAUCGAUCGAUCAUCGGUCGGACACUGUCACUCGUCCAAAAACUACGCGUACGAAGCAGAAAACAAAAACACUUUUGGGUAUUCCAGCAAAGAAAUACUAUGCGCACGGCACGUGGCGUAACUUUGCAUACCGUAUAGGGCAAUGCUCUCUUCCGCAAGACAAAGAAAAAUAUUUCUGUAAC